GGCAUUUAGGUUAUGUUUUGUAAAGUUUUUGUUCAUCUUCUUUCCAACUCUAGAAAAAUGAGUGGUAAAUAAACGAUUGAAACAUGCUAAAAUCGGUGGACUUGAUGUUAAUCAGCAUCGCAAAGCGUUUUGUGCAAACAUCGGCGUUCAAUUUGAAAGGUCAUGCCAAAUGGCAGAAUAUCAAGCACAUCAAAUCGGAGAAUGAUCAACAACGAGCCCAAAUGAUUGCGAAACAAAUGCGAUUGCUGCGUCUCGCUGCCAAUGAUGGUGGAUCACCAAAUCCGGAACUAAACACUACGUUACGGAAUGCAAUUGAAGAGGCUCAACGACGUGAUGUACCAAAAGCGACCAUUCAAAAUCUCUUGAAGAAAUUGGUCGAUACAAAGGAUAAAACCGCCUUCCAGAGGCACCUGUUCGAAGGAAAAUUGUACAAAAAACUGUAUGUCGUCAUUGCCAUUUGUACAGAUAAUCUGGCACACACGAAAAUUCAGAUUGCUACCGUAUUCAGGAAACAUUUGGUAGAUGCAAUAAACACAAAACGCUUAUUUGUCGAACGCGGUGUAGUCAAUGUCAUUGCACGCGAUGGAAUCAGUCCGGAGAAUAUCGAAGACGAAUGUUUGAGUGAUGCCAUCGAAUGUGGAGCAGAGGAUAUUGAAGUGUUUAAUGCAGUCGAACGACAAGUCACAUUUUUCUGUGAACCAAGGGAAUUCUUGAGAGUACGACAAAAACUCUCGACAGCCGGCUAUAAAAUUGAGCACUCUGAAGUUGAAUUCUUUCCGAACGUUCAACUGGUGCAGUUGACUGAGGGUGAAUUGAACGAUUAUAAUAAAUUUAAAACAAAACUAGAAAACAUCGAUGGAUUCGAUGAAGUCUAUGAUAAUUUAGAUGAUGACGAUGAAAGUUCAUGAGAGAGAUCGAUAUUAACCACACGUUUAGACGGUUGAAAAGAUAAAUAAAUACAAUUUUAUGAUAUGAAUUCAA